UUCCGCCGUACCAUCCUAGAAUCAUCCUUCCAUUAUACCCUGCUCUACGCGCUCACAGUGUAGUAAGAACUCUAGCCGUUCAUGUCGGAAGACCCAAAAAAUGGAAUGAAAGGUCCUAAAUUACUGUAUAAUUUUUGUACGCAUGCAUCUUUUCUUUCAACUGGCCUUGAAGGAGGCCCCAAGGGCAGCAAUAGAAUUGUGGAUUGCUGCCCAGCACACCCAAAUGGCUGUCUAAUGAGCGGGGAAGCCUCUGAGCUGACCAGAUAAUCAUUGAGCCACGGCGCUAACCUCGACCAAUCGGGUGCAAACUUGUGGGGUUUUAUCGAUAUUAGGAGCGAUAGUUCAAGUCGGCAACCUAAAGAUCGCACAGCAGACAUUGAUCAUGGCAGAUCCUUUGAGCAUUGCUGCCUCGGUGCUGGCCGUAAUCACAGCCGCUGUUCAGUCGACCAAGUCGCUCCAGGGUACUGUCAAGCGCUUCAGGAACCGUGAUAAGACACUACGCCGGCUUCAGCAUGAGCUUGAGGACCUCACAAAUAUUUUGGAAUCUUUGCAACAGGUUGCAAACAAUGAGAAGUCAAUGUUGGCACUUCUUCAAGGUCCUAUCGACCGGUGCAACCAGAUAUGCAGCGAAUUUGAACAGUCAAUCAAGGUUUUCAGUGGAAAGUCAAGGACGGGUCUUCUCGAUUGGGCAAAAAUGGAAUUCAUGCGAGGCGACAUCAAUGAAUUCAUUGACACUAUUGCGGGGUAUAAGUCAACGAUUUCAGUGGGAUUAGGAACCAUUACUAUACACUCUUCCAAGGUGCCGCAGAAAGUUCUCGAAGAAUAUAAUGAGAUGAUCCAGGACACGGCAUACGAUCUUGAGCUCCACUUACGCCGAAUCGAUGAGAAGCUGGCGCAACUUACUACCGAAGAAAUCAAUGCCUCAGACAUAAGCCUAAAUCUGGUAGACGAAAGGGACGUGACUAAACAGUGUCUUCGUGUCUGUGAAGAUGCCAAGUCCUAUAUCGAAUCAUUGGAAAUCAGAGAAUCGGCGAUACUCAGCGACUCAUUCAGAAGUGCCACUGAGAAUGAUAUGCAAAAUAUGUUCGAAGCACAAUUUCUAACACGGCAAGCUCUGGAGAAGAACCGAGAUAGCUUUGCGGAUAUUAUUAGCCACCUUCAGAAACGCCUGGAAUCACAAGUUCUGAGCGGUAAUAAGAACGAGAAGGAGAGGCUGGGGCUGCAGGAAGAUAUACAGACAUCAAAGCAAUGCUUAGAAGUGUGCAAAGUGGCGAGUGAAAUCUCCCGUCAAAAAAUCUAUAGAAUUGGAGAGGUGGUUGCAGAUGGUGACAGCGAUCAAGUAGUAGUGACUACUCUAGCGGAUCUUUUCGAUAUAAGAAAAGCCCAAUCCAAAGGAAACUCUGCGCAGCUAGUUGGGUCAAUGACGGAAGAGGCUCUUCGACAUCUAACCGAAAAGCGCUACAGCAGCCGUUUUGCGGCGUUGAAUACUCGGUCUGCUGAUGUUGUCAGUACCGGUUCACCGUCGGUCCUCGAAACUCAGAGGGGAGAUUAUUCAGUUGGAACUAGCGACGAGGAACAGAAUGCGGUACCGAUGAUAAGACAUAACAGGCCGUCUCCUAAUGAGAUGAGGAAGCGAGCGAUGGCUAGUGGUGCGAAGAGCAAGGACGCUGAGUAGAAGACUGGAGGGAAGGAGUUUUUUAUUGUUACUCCGGAAAUAUCUUUAGCGCUCUGCUGUAAAUUCAGCCUCUAUUCUGGGAAUUACACUGCCGUAUACAUAUAUCUUA